AUGUCGGAUCGAAAAGCGUCCGAGUCUGCGCCGCCCAGACAAACCCAAGCCAUCCCGCCCCCAUCCUUUCCCACUCACAACUCCCCGAGGACAUGGCUCUUAACUUCAGCCCUUUCGCCACUCCAGAUCCGCCUCAUCCGUCUUCUCCUAACUCACGGAGAUUACGUCGUCGCCUGCUUACCGCCUCACGAAGUCGAGGAUGAGCAGCGCAGCGCCGAGUUUCGAGAGCUCGUCAACGAGUGCAAGAGUAAUAGGAAAGACCGCGAGGGAUGGAAGGAUCGGUUGAGGGGGGUGAGAUGCGAUGGGAAGGUCAUGGGUCAGUGUACGGCUGCCAUAGCUGAGGCGAUUCAAGCUUUUGGGAGAAUCGAUAUUUUGCUGUGUUGCAAGUCUGAAGCCGUGAUUGGGACGGUGGAGGAGCUUUCAACCACCCCAGUCACACAGAACCUCAUCCGGGACCAGUUCGAGUCCAUCUUCUUUUCCCAGAUCAACUUCAUCAAGGCAACUUUACCGAUCCUUAGAGAGCAGCACACAGGUCACAUCAUCGUCCUCACAAGCAUAGGCGGCCACAUCGGCACGCCAGGCAUGUCCAUCUACACGGCCGCCACCUGGGCGCUCGAGGGAUACUGCGACUCCCUCGCCUACGAGAUCGCGCCCUUCAACAUCAAAGUCACCAUCGUCCAGCCCAACAAGGAGAUCCAAUCGCUGACCAACAAGAUCAUCUUCUCACCUUCGCUCCCACCUCCCGAGAACGAGGUCAACAUGGCCCCGAGCGUGCGGGAUAUGCUCAUCAACGUGCUGAAUAUGAACCCCGAAACGUCACUCGAGUCUUCUGAUACGUCAAUCAUCACGCGGUAUCCCAAGUUGCCGCCUUCGGCCUACGAUAAACUCGUCAUGGAGACUGUGCAUGCCCUUACGGCGAUUGGAGGACAUGAAAACCCGCCCGCGAGACAUAUUGUAGGCUUUGAAGGGGCCAUUGCCGUCAAGGACAAGCUUAAGACGGUGACGGAGGAGCUGGAGGAUUUUGUCGAGGCUAGCAUGGCUGUGGAUAUACCCCAAGAUGGUACGGAAGUUAAAGAGGAGAAGAGCAAGGAUUCCCCAGCGACUGCUGGUCGUGCAUCAAUGACACCUAGCUGA